UCAAAUAAUCCCACAUUGUGUAUUGGGAGUAAUGUAGAUCUAGUUCCUGUGUAACAUUUGUACAUUCUUUCUGAAAUUUUCCUUUGCAUUGAACCUCACAGAUGGCAGCUACACAUUUUGUAUUAUUUCUGUUCCUGGCAACAACCAAGAGCGUUGCUGAAAUAUCAACAACCACAAGACCCACGACACAUACUACUUUGACUCAGCCAGAAAACAGCGCACAUAAGCCAGGAGUUAGUCAAGGACAUUUGGUCGAGCAGACAACCGAAUCAUUUCUUUCAAAAAAUGUCAACGCCAUGUUUGCACCAAUAAGAGAUAAAAAUAAAAUACAUUCUCUUGCCGCCAAAACGAUUGACAUACCCGAAACGAUGGCAAAGUUUCUGAGCAAGCACGUAGCUUCCGGUCUGAGUGGUGUUAGUCCAAGCCAACAGCAUAUGAUGAAUAUACAAGGCCUGGAUCAAGCCCUGGACAGAAUGCUGGCUGGCCAACCUCCAGACUCUCGGAUUAUGAAAAUAUUCAACGAGGCCAAAGACCAGUCGGGUGUGGACCUUAACUUUAAGGACAUGCUCGAAGGCUCUGGAGAAAUGGAGAACAAAACAUCAACAGACAAGAAUAACGCCUCGCAAGACGACAGCAGUGUAGAAGACCUCAUUAGGUUCCUUUGUUCGGUAUUUGGCGGCAGUACGUAUAUCACGGAUGUGAUUGAGAAAAUUAAAGGAAUUCUAGACAGAACAGCCUUCGUUUUCGACGUGGACUGCUCGCCAGUGGUCAAGGCUGCACGCUGCCUUCUUGAUAUCCUUCUAUGCAUUUUCGCUGGCAAUGCAGAAUCCUCCCUUGAGCAGCUCAAGCCGUUUAUGACUAAGCACUAUACCAUUCUCUUUCGUGCUGUGACCCAAUUCUUUAAUAUUCCAGAGAAAAUUGCUAAUGUUUUUAUGGAGUCAGUCAAAAAGUCCACCCGGCAAAUUAUGACCUUCAUUUCAGAGAAUCCAAAUUUCGUGGACAUGGUCAUAUCAUUUAUCAGACCAGUUGACGCUCAAGGUGUUGAUCAAAACCUAAUAAAAGGAUCGGACAAUUUUGAGCAAAGUGAAAGAAAGCAUAUAAAAGUUUGUUAUCAAGUCGAUAUUCCAUCUCCACACAGCGAAAAGACAUCUGACAUCGAUACUACGAACCAAGAGGACACUAGCAUCUUUUCCAUUUUUAACGGAUCUGCCGAUACUGUGGGCAGGAUAAAAAAAGUAAUCGAGCUCGUCCAGGCUUUGCUUCGGGGAAAGCGAUCUCUGACGGAGACCGUAUCGCUCGGUCAACAAGCACUGGAGGCGGUGUCACCUCUGCUACGCUGGAAUGUAGAGUACGACCACUUUCACAAGCUGGUUCUAUUCCUUGAUAGGGUUAUGUGUGUCAUGAGGGACACGCCGGAUUCGGACGUCAAAGAUGGCCUGACCGAGGUGGGCAAUGAGUCCACCCAACUCUUGGUGGCUGCAAAAGAAUUCCUCCGCUCAGGAGGAGCCAAGGCAAGCGCUACAAGCUUGAUUGAACAAUUGAGAGCAUUUCUGGAACGCCUGCUUUCGACUGUAAACACAUGGGAUAACCAAAAAUCCUCGGACUAUAUGCAUUAACUCAAUAUAAAAAACUUGACCUAUAAAAUCAAUUAGGUCUACAUGCAUUACAGACUUAGCCGUCUUUAAGAUGUUUUAGAAUUUAUUUUAAUAAGCCAAUUUAUGAUCGUUUUAUUUUAAUAAAUAAAAGCUAUCUAGUAGCCUAGUUUUCCUAUCAACAUGGCGAAAGUAUGCAUGUAUUAAAAGUUAGGUCCACAGGGCACAGACUUGUUCAAUGAAACCCAUGUAGGGGUGGCAAACGGUUAACUCUUUCCUGGUUAUUUUGUACUGUCUCGAAUGUUUCUUGUUUCAAUUAACUUGUUGUAAUAGCGGGUUAACAAUAUGUACAUGCAUUAUUAAAGUUCAACUUUAUUUCUAAAAGGGAGUGUUUUACAUAGUUAUUGUAUAACCAUUGUGUAUCUUCUCAUCUCAUUUUAAUAAUAGAUUACUAGAUGAUAAAUACAGCAACCAAACACACACUCUGGCAGAUACAAAUAAUAAGGAAUAGAAUAAGACAAAAUAAGAUAAGAUAAUUUGUAUUGAUCCAAUCAAAUAAAAAUUUAGUUUGACUACAAUUGACAACCUCAGCGUAACUACUGUACAUUAACAAUAUAGAUGCAAAUACGAACAACAUUCACACACGAAAACACAUACACACUCAUAACCAGCGCUUUAUAAAUUAGACUUCCAAGUACUUCUCGAUGACGACAAGUGAUCUUGUAACACUCUGACCGAAAGUUUUAGUUCUAAUGGAAAGGAGACGACCACUUAAAUUCUUUCAGAUCUUAUGUAACCGUGGUUUAAUGGAUGCAGGUUAUCUUUAAGAAUCGUGAGUGUUUUGGAAAGGCAUCUUUCAUGAAAUAGCUCUUCAAGAGGUGGUAGCUGUGUUCGAGUGAUAUACGAUGCUUUUUUAAUUAGUCUAUUUAGUCUUAGUCUUUGUGCCAGUGAAGUAGUACCAUACCAGCAGAAAGAGUGCAGUAGGCUAUUUCACUUGACAAGACAAACCCAAUUGCGACCUCGUAUAUUUUGCAACAUCUGACGCAGAAUAAGCCGAUGUCCGCCUAGAGUCUAUUUAAAUUUUCUAUUCGUCUUUUUAACAUGUUUUGGGCAAGAGCUUUGGGCCUCACAUAUACUGUGUCGCUCAUCCUUUUUGAGAACUCUCCAGCUGUCUCUUUCAAGGGCCCUCUGCUACCACCUGCUUUUCUCUAUGCCAAUGAGGGCAGAGUGGCUUCUAAGUUGAUCUUUAUAGCGAGUCUCCUACAAACUCACUAAAAAGGAUCGCCUUGUGGGAUAGGUUCCUCACAAAGCGCAGUUGUCGAAUAGUAAGUAGUGCUUCUACCCUAUAAUCUUCAAAUACAAAAACAGAAUCUAAUAAAAUACUCAGAAAGACACAAAAAAAGGCACAUUCCUCGUUCCAUAUGCUAGCACAAAUUUGUACAA